AGCGGAUCAACAACGCCUGACGUGAAGGAAGUGGUUUCAUUUCUAAAGCACAGUGAUGAAGGAGAACAAAGAUGGCUGCUCUCUGCUGUACUUGAUGGAAAGUCAUGUGACCAGGUCCUCAGACUCCUGGAUGAAGAGUGAGAAGCAGCAGCUUUAUCUCUGCUCGUCAGAUCCAAGCCUUCGUUCUCCUCCAACCUUCUGACUCCAUCAGAUGGAGAUCUGGAGAACCUGCUCACAGCUCCAGGUACGAGAACAUGAGCUGCUACCCGAGGAGUCCUGUCCGUUAGAAGAUCCACUUCCUGUUUACUGAAUCUGAAUUUAAAUUCACAAAUUUCAUACUUCUAAACCUCAUUUGUGGACAAUGGGAGCCGAUCUUCCUCUCCUGGUUCCAUCACUCUCCCUAUGAGUCCACGUCAAAACCAGUGACUGGAUCAAUAUUAUUAGAACUGCAAUCAUCAUCGUUUUAUAGACUGUUUUGUUGUUUUAUUUUUUUAUAAAACCCCUUUUAAUCGUUUGAUAGCAUCAAUCUGUGGUCCAGUGGUUCAGAAGGACAGCAGCCAUCUCCCUCCAGAAACCCAACUCUGGAUUAAUCCUCAUCAAACCUUUGAGGUAGAAUGGGUUCUCUUGAUGGGUCCCUGCAGGCAGUAAACCCAGAGGAAACACCAACUGAACCUGCUGACCUUCCUCGUCCUGUUGCUGAUGGUCAACCUGCUCAGUGACCCCUUCCAUCGGCCCAGCAGAGAGGAUGGAUAAAUAUGGCCUCCAUUAGGAAAGAAAUGAAAUGUGUGAGCAGCUCGUGUUGAACCUCAUUAGUCCAGCUGCACUCUAUAAUCCGUUAUUUAAAUGAAGCGGCAGGUUUUUCCAGCAAAGCAGCAGUUUAACAAAAGUGUUGCAGCGUCUUUGGUAGGUUUAGUUAAACUGGGGAGUUUUUCUUCUCCAGACUCAGUUUGGUCAUGAAUUAUUUAUGAAACAUGCGUCCAGCAGGAUGAAUGAGGAUAAAAGAGCAUUUCUGCAGCUUCCUCUCACAAAUGCUAAUAACACAGACUGAUUAGCAUGCGCAGCAUCCUCCUCGCCUCUCAGCUCAUUAUGAGACUCAGAACAAUCAGGUCUGGUCCUCCAGCCGCUGGAGCAGAGGUCACACCAGUUGAUCUCACAGGGAGAUGUUGCACCACCCCACCUGACCACAUCUUUGUCCCAAAAACCUCUCCAGAUCUCCAACAGCGAGGGAGACUCCAUGUCUCCAUGUCUGCCUCGCUGGUCCCGGCCCAGUUCAGCCAGUACACACACUGGACUCGGUCUUGUCCUAAAGAUGCUCCGGUUUGUGGAUGAAGGUUCCCUCCAUAUGAGAAACACUCCUGAAGAAUAUUGGAAGUUUUAAGGAACCAAGACGAACCUCAGGUCCGGAAGAGCCACAUAGGCCCACAGAGACCUUUGGACCUGGACCAGACAACCAGAGGACCAGCAGGACCCUCACCCCACCAGACCCGUGUCUCAGAACCAACCCGUUUGGGGUUAAAAGGAAUCAGCAGAGCCUACAAAGUUCUACUGGACCUUAGUCUGGUUCUGCUGAGCACUCCUGACUUCAGACAGACUGGACUUCAGGAACAUCUCAGUGCCUGACCUUAGGUCGGAACCAGAGGUCCCCAACCCAGCCCUCCAUGUUUCUGGUGUCUUCCUGCUGCUGCAGCCCCUGGAGGAUAAAGGAGGUACUGCAGGUGUAACAUCUAAAGCAGGACGGAGGGUUCACGGCUAACUGGGGCACCUCUGGUCUACACUACGGUGUCCCUCAGGACUCAAGCUUAGGUCCAAUUGUCUUAAUACUGCCGCUGGGUGACAUCAGCUCUAUGCUGAUCACACUCUGCUCUUUACUCCCCAGAUGACCUCUGACCCGCUGAAGGAGAUUUUACAUAUCGAGUCAAAUUUUCUUCGUUUUUAGGUUUCAGUCCCGGGUUGGAACUUGAACUCAGGACAAAGCAGCAGUGCUAACAACUGCGCCGCUGUGGAUUCCCAAUUAAUUCACUCACCUGUGAUGAGGUGAUGGUUGUGGUGGUUCUGGUUCCAGCAGCAGAGGAGGAAGAUCCAGCUGGAUUGAUGAAGAGGAGGCAGUCUUCAUCGCUGCUGACUGCCAGCCAAUCACAGCGCAGCAGAGAGAGAGGGAGUGAGGAAGAGGAGGAAGGCUUUGGAUGCUGAAUCUUUUUAUAGAAGCAGAAAGUUAUUCAGCGGAGUCGGGAGCAGCUACAGGUGGAGGACGGAUGGAGUGGACAGGAUGGACAUGAGAGACAGGAAAUAAAAACAGAAGAGGAGGAAGAGGCAGAGGGGAAGCUCUGAAACUAUGAAAGCUACAGGCCAACCCUAAGCCAGCUCUCCAUCAUGGAAAAUGUGACACCUGGCAGCCCUGCAGGAGAGGCUCGCAUGAGGGACUACAACUACCUGGCCCUGGUUUUUGGUGUCCUGUUGAUCCUCAUCAUCAUCCUGGGAAACGUCCUGGUGUGUCUGAGCGUGCUCACAGAGCGCUCUCUGAAGACCGCCACCAACUACUUCAUCAUCAGCCUGGCGGUGGCCGACCUGCUGCUGGCCGUGCUCGUGCUACCGCUCUACGUCUACUCUGAGUUCCUGGGAGGAACCUGGACUCUGAGCACCUCCAUCUGUGACGCUCUGAUGACCAUGGAUGUAAUGCUCUGCACUGCCUCCAUCUUGAACUUGUGUGCCAUCAGCGUAGACCGGUACAUUGCCGUCGUAGUGCCCCUAAAAUACAACAGAAACCAGUUCAGUGUUCGCCAACUGACUCUCAUCACCGCAACUUGGGUCGUAUCUCUAGGCGUGGCCAGUCCAGUCAUCUUUGGUCUGAACCAGGUGCCGGGUCGGGAUCCGACGGUCUGCAAGCUGGAGGAUGAUCAUUUUGUGAUGUACUCAUCGGUCUGCUCCUUCUUCGUGCCUUGUCCAGUCAUGCUCUUCCUCUAUUACUGGAUGUUCCGUGGCCUGCGACGCUGGAGCAGUCGGAGCCGGUCCCAGGCCCAUCGGGUCGGCCGGAGAGGUCUCUCUUCUCAUCUGGACUCGGCUCUGCGUAGAGCUAAAGACACAACUGGUAGCCAGGAGAAGGUUGUUUACACAGUGCCUCCUAUAAGCCCCACCUCUCCAUCCACAUUCUCCAUGGCAACGCCAUGUGCGACGCUGCUGACGGAGGAAAACCAGCAAGGGGCAGCGAUGGCAGCUGAUAGCGACCUGAUGACCACUCAGAUGGACAGUGUGUCGGACGGCGAGCCCACCGGGAGGAGGGAGGGGAACAGUCGCAGGCAGAACGCCACUAAGAGACGACGAAGGACCAGCAAGACCAGCUGGGUCAGUGGGAGGGAGCACAAGGCCAUGAAGGUUCUGCCGGUCGUUGUUGGCGUGUUCCUGGCCUGCUGGACGCCCUUCUUCACCGUCCAUGUCACCAAGGUGUUAUGCCGUUCCUGUGACAUCGGCCCCACCCUUAUUUCUGUGGUCACAUGGUUGGGUUAUGUCAACAGUGCUGUUAACCCAAUAAUCUACACAAUCUUCAAUGCAGAGUUCAGGAACGUCUUUCACAGGUUGCUCUGCUGCCGGACUUGACGCUUUAAGUGUCGACUAUGAACUCAAAUGUUCUCCAGAACAUCCAGAAGUCGUCUGAAUCCUCUGAAGUCAAACAGUCUCUCCUUUUAGAGUAUUAGUGUGUUUCUUAGGGCGGCCCAGAGGAUCAGAUAUUGGACAGACGUUCCCAGGUAUCUGAGUGGUUCCAUGUUUUAACGCUGUUCCAGAACAGGGUGGACAUCUUUGUUGCUACAGAGACAAACAGAAAUAUGAAUGUUUGAUGAAGGUUUUGUGACUUGCAUCUGUUGAAUCUGUGAAAUGGGCAUGAUGGGAUGUAACUGAAACUGAUGUUCUUCUGGACAACUAAAACAAUAAAGAAGUGAAGAACAAAA